ACAUGGAAAAGAAAUAGAAAAGAGAUUGGGUUGUACAUUUGGCAAAAUAUGAGAAGGAAACCUUGUUGUCAUGUCUUGUAAAAUCCCUGUAAUCCUUGGAUAUAGGGUCGUGCCAAGCUCAACUCAUCUCUAAUCUCAAUCAUCAAUGGUCAGCGUUGAUUAAGAGUCCUAGUCCCGGCAAUCCUCUCCUCUGCGGUUCCUCUACCUCCCCAAGCAAGAGCCUGGAAAAGCCUGAAUCCUGAAACCUUCAAACACUGUCUUCCCUGGAACUCAUUCCGUUUCCUGAUUUCUAACUCACUCCCUUCUUCGACUUCAUUCAUACACAAAACAUGAGCCCUAUAAAGAAAUCUGCAUCUGCGCCCCUUCUCCAUUUGCGUCCUUUAGGGAGAGGAACGCCUGCUUUCAAGCCUUCCCUUUUCGAAACGAUGCGUCGUUGGGCUUUUACCAUCCUUAUUUUUGCUUCCAUUUCCAUUUUCCUCUGUGUUUCUUUCUCUCUUUGCUCGUCUCGCAACCCCAUGUAUGCAACCCAACUCAUUUUUCCCUCUGCCAACAUCUCCAACACCGAUUCUUCUCUUCUUGCCAUCAAAGAAGACCUAAACAGCCCCACUCGUCGUGUUUCUUCCUUUCAAGAUUCUAAUUCUAUUGCUUCUGUCUCCGUUUUGUUGCCGGAAUGGCAGGUUCUCGUCAUCAUCUCGCCGGACGCGGACCCUUUGCCGCUUUCCGUCGGGAAUUUCACCUGUCUUUAUGCCAACAACGCCACUGCUCCUGCCAGAUUCUCUGGAAUCUUGUCUUCCACGAACCAAACUACUUUCAAGUGUAUUCUUCCCAGAAGCAUACGGCGUCGAUUGCCUUUCGCGGCUCCAAUGUUGAUGGAAUCAUCGGAGAAGGAAUCGCCCGUUCAUUGGCCGUAUUCUCCACCGCAAGAAUUGCUCAGGUGGACAUACCUUGUGUACGAGUCGUUCUCCACAGUGGACGACGUCGUUCUCUUCGUUAAAGGCCCGAACAACCGCCAAGGAAUCAACAGGUCUCCUAGCGAAUUCAAGUGCGUGUUCGUCGACGAGGCCAGCAGCAAAACCGUUAAAACCGCCGUUACGAGCUCAAUACAAGAGGUGUUCAGGUGUGAUCAUCCAGAUUUAACGGCGUUUGGUUCUGGCGGGGAUCAUGACGCAAUCAAAAUCAAAAUCUUUCUUGAAACCAUGGGCACAGGGCCAAAAAAGGUAGUUCCUUCCGUAGCGUACUACACCCCUCGGGACAAGAUAGCAAAAGAACAGCCAAAAUCCCAACUGUGCGCCUCCACCAUGGUUUACAACGUGGGAAAGUUCUUGAGAGAAUGGAUCAUGUACCAUUCAAAGAUUGGCGUGGAAAAGUUCAUAUUAUACGAUAAUGACAGUGAUGAUGAUUUGAUCAGCGUGGUUAAUGAUCUUAAUAAAGAGGGUUAUAACGUAGAAACGUUAUUAUGGACGUGGCCUAAGACUCAAGAAGCUGGAUUUUCCCAUGCUGCAGUAUACGCAAAAGACUCAUGCAAUUGGAUGAUGUACAUAGAUGUUGAUGAAUUUGUGUUCGCACCAUCAUGGGAUAAUUCAACUCAACCCUCUGAUCAAAUGCUAAAAUCUUUGCUGCCGUCAUCUUCCCAUGGCCACCGCCAUAUGAUUGGAGAAGUUUCGAUAAUGUGCAACGAAUUUGGUCCGUCGCAGCAAAGGUCGCACCCAGAGGAGGGGGUGACACAAGGGUACACUUGUAGAAGAAAGGUAGAGAAUCGGCACAAGUCUAUAGUCUUAUUAGAAGCAAUCGAUGAUUCUUUGCUUAACGUGAUACACCAUUUUAGUUUAAAGAAAAGUUAUAGAAUGAAGCAUUUGAGUUUGGAAGCUGCGGUGGUGAACCAUUACAAGUACCAAGCGUGGUUGGAGUUUAAAGCCAAGUUUAGGAGAAGAGUAUCGGCUUAUGUGGUGGAUUGGAUGAGUGCAUUGAACCCUUUGUCCAAGGACAGAACCCCAGGAUUAGGGUACGAAGCAGUGGAGCCACAAGGGUGGGAAAACAAGUUCUGUGAGGUGAGAGAUGAGAGAUUGAAGUUGCUGACACAGAGAUGGUUUCGUACAGAAACAGAAAGAGGAUACAAAAUGGCAUGGCAAAGUUGAUUUUCAAUUUAUACAAUUGCAGGAGUUGUAGCAUGACAUGAAGGGUUCGGUUCAAGAGAAACCCUAUUGACCUUUUCUUUUUUCUGUAUCUUUUCUGGUAAUGUAUUAUAUUAGGAGUUGACGACAUGUACCCAAGAAUGACUUAAAAAUUGAAUGACUGAUUCUCUAA